GCAGUAUCAACAUGGCAGCUUUCUGAGUUUUGGAGGAGGGUGUCUGGUGUAAAUAAACACAAAUUUCACGUUUUACAGCCAACGACAGCGUUCGCGUGUUCGUGUUUAGGACUGGUCGGGCCACGGAGGGAAAAUGUCGAAUGACGGGAAUAAAAAACAGUUCUGGAAAAGAAACGCAGCGAAGGUUCCUGGCAGCAUUCAGCAUGUGUAUGGCGCACAACAUCCACCUUUCGACCCGCUCCUCCAUGCCAACCUGAUUAAAGCAGGGAACAAACCUCCUCCGGCCACACCAGGCAAACCCAAGAAGGCCACCACUUUCCAGGAGUUUGAGAGCAUCACAAGUGACGCCUGGGAUGUUGGAGAUGAUGACGACGAGCUGCUGGCCAUGGCUGCACAGAACCUAAACAUUGAGGUUGUCAUGGAGACAGCCAAUAAGGUCAUCGAGAAUCACAGCAAGCAGCAGGAGAGACAGAGGCAGGAUGACACGACAGAGCUGGAGCAGAGGGAAGAGGACACACAGGAGGAGGUGGCAGAGGACGAGGAGGAGGACGAGGAGGAUGAGGAGGACAGGGUGGGGGAAGGAGACGUGACCAGCCCAGAGGUCUCGUUUGCCUCCCAGAGCAGCCCUUACACUGAUGGCCGCCUUGUAAAGUCCCAAAGCGAAGCUCCAAUUGGGUCACCCAAAGAUGCAGCAGGUGAGCACGCAGCCCUCCACAGACAGCGAUCUCUACCCCACCGGCCGCCCGUCAUCCCGUUAGUGGCUCGCAUGGCUGACCAGAACACAUCUGGCACCCCGGCCAUGACCGAGAGGGAAGCGUCCCGUCUGGAUAAGUUCAAACAGUUGUUGGCGGGGCCCAACACAGAUCUGGAGGAGCUACGGAAACUCAGCUGGUCUGGAAUCCCGAGACAGGUCCGACCGAUAACAUGGAAGCUCCUUUCAGGUUACCUACCAGCUAAUGCAGAGAGGAGAGAAAGCGUCCUACAGAGAAAGAGACAAGAAUAUUUCGGCUUCAUCCAGCAAUACUAUGACUCCCGCAACGACGAACACCAUCAGGACACAUACAGACAGAUUCACAUUGACAUACCGAGAACUAAUCCUCUUAUUCCUCUCUUUCAACAAGCUUCUGUCCAAGAGAUUUUUGAGCGGAUCCUUUUUAUCUGGGCCAUCCGCCAUCCAGCCAGCGGCUACGUGCAAGGCAUCAAUGACCUGGUCACGCCGUUCUUUGUCGUCUACGUCUUUGAGUACAUUGAGGAGGAAGUGGAAAACUUUGACGUGUCCAGUCUCCAGGAAGAGGCUCUGAGGAACAUUGAGGCUGACAGCUUCUGGUGCAUGAGCAAACUACUGGACGGCAUCCAGGACAACUAUACAUUUGCCCAGCCAGGCAUCCAGAGGAAAGUCAAGGCCCUGGAGGAGCUGGUCAGCAGGAUUGAUGAGUCUGUGCACCGCCACAUGCAGCAGUACGAGGUGGAGUACCUGCAGUUUGCCUUCCGCUGGAUGAACAACCUCCUGAUGAGGGAGCUGCCACUACGCUGCACGAUCAGACUGUGGGACACCUACCAGGCCGAACCAGAGGGAUUCUCGCAUUUCCACCUCUACGUGUGUGCCGCCUUCCUGGUGAGGUGGAGGAAAGAAAUUCUGGAGGAGAGGGAUUUUCAGGGUCUGAUGAUCCUCCUGCAGAACCUCCCCACAAUGCACUGGGGCAACGAGGAAGUGAGCGUACUUCUGGCAGAAGCCUACAGGUUGAAGUUUGCCUUUGCUGACGCGCCCAACCACUACAAGAGAUGAUAAGCGUGGCUCUCCGCAGCUGCCCCCUUCUCCUCCCCCUGUCCUUCCUCCCCCCCCAUAUUCCUCCUUUCCCUGCCCUGCAGUCGUCUACUGAACUCCGAGGCCUCUAUUCCCACAGGGAUGGACCUCCCUUUUUCUUAACCUCCCUUUCCCCCAUGUUGCCCAGUGGGCCUUUCAGCUACUAAGAGAUUCGAAUCAACCAAUGACUGAGAGGACGUGCGGUGUAGCAUUUUAACAUGUUGAUGUGGAGCCUUUUUUUUUAAUUAUUUUUGUCUGAUCAGCUCUGAAAUGUGCACUCCUUCAGUCCAGCGCAGAACCUUUCUUCAUCACUGAAGACCUCAACUUUCUGUCCAAGUUUGGUCGACUUCAGGCCAGAGAUGCAGGACCGUGAGCUCAGCACCACCGGGAGUUUAGUCCAGCUCUGAAAAAUGUUCUUUUCUGCUAAAAAAAAACCCCCAACAAACUUUUUUCUGUUUCCCAAGGCCAAAAUGUGACCUUUUUUCAGUUUGCAAAGACAAAGAAAGAUGGCAAUAGGGCACUGCGCUAUAUGGUUUACAUAUCUUGAGUCCACUCUCCUGGUCACAACACAACCCGAAGGAACAUGACCUCUCCUGGUUUGCUUUUUUUUUUUUGCUCCUCCUGCUGCUCGCCAGGAGGGACACGGUUUGUUUGAGAGAGAUUGUCAAUCCGAGGGUGGGAAACAUGUCCUUCUACACACCACACACAUACACCAACUCAAACCCCCCCCCCUUUAUCCCGCCCUCCCACCCACACUGCAACAUCACAGUGUUUGAGUGUAAGACAGAGUGGUGAGAGGCCGCGCAGUCACACCACAGAUCGACAUCACUGAAGCUCAUAAGCCAUUUGGAGGAGAAAGCUACUUAUUCCCUCUCAAGCAGCUUAUAUAUGAAGGCCCGUGUCUUAUCUAUUAAGUAUCCCUCCUCUCUGAACCUAGGACUACCUCAGAACACACAAGUAGGGACAACUAGAAACCCACGUACAUGCAUUUAAGCAUAUGUCGCUAAAUUAAGAAACAUGCUUGCAUCAGUAUGGAGUCAAAAUAAACUAUUUGAAGUUCAAUUUAGAAAUUCAAUCACCCUCAUGGGAGCUAAAUCUGGUUUUCACAGGGAAACGAAGUGCUUCUUCACAGGGUUGUUUUUGAAGUAAAGAUCCAAAUGAACAAUUUUGCCUUAAUUAAGAUACAUACUGUCUUUGUUUACUCUCCCCUCUUCUCCUUCUGUUUUUUUUUGGGGGGGGGGGG